ACUUGACUUGCACUCAACUUUUUAAUGAUCAGUUCUUUAUCAUAAUCAAGUGUUAUAUUAAUAAUACAUAUGUAUGUGUCUCCUUCUUAUUGUUGUUGAUAAUUUAAGAGCAGACAUUGUUUUUGACAGUCAAGUGAUCUAACAAAAAAGCUUUAUUAGCUUACCGAUCAGAAUUGCAGACUGUCGGGAUGAAUGGAUUCACAAGAUAUUUGUUGUAUUUUGUCCAAUAUUCAUAAGAUGAAUCGUUAGAUUUUUAAUUUUUAGCUAAUGUCAAAAACGCAAAUCUUAAUCAACUCGUAUUUUAUCAAACAUCUUCUGCACUUUGACUUUUUGAUGUGGUCUUAUGUACUUUUAUCAUCUGUUAUUUCUGCUUUACUUGAUUGAAUAUGCAAUCCAUCAGUUAAUUGUGCUUCCUACUGUUGACUACACUGAUUGUCAGCUGACUGAGAUUAUUCAAUAGUAACUUCCCAAAGAAACCAUUUGAUUGCCAUCAUUCGAGUGAGUCCAUGAAGUUAAACGAAACUACGACUAGAGAGAGCUGUAAAUCAACUAUAAAUUAAAAUCUUCUUGAAAUCCAGUGAAAAGACAACCAACUUUACUUGCAUUAAGUUGAAAUAGUUCAUCAACAAGUUAUCCAUCAACAUGAAUUUCAUCGAGUACCUCAAAUUGUACAGAAUACAAUUGAUCAAAACUGCCUUUUGUUUCAUCACGUUUAUGAGUCUUGGUGGCUGCAGUACUCUUCUUGGAUCAUCUUUACUAGACAUUCAGAUUCGUGUUAGAGAACCUUUCGAUAAAGUAACUGGUUUGGUUCCUAGUCGUGCCAUUGGUUACAUGUUUGGAGGUGUCAUUGCUGGUCUUGUCGAAGCUAAAUUGGAUGCUAAUCUGGUCUUAUUUUUCGCCAACUCAACCGCUGCUAUAUUGAUUGGCCUUGCUCCUUGGUUUUACUCUUAUUGGUCCAUCUAUACGUGCUUCUUGCUAUCUGGAGUUUCUCAAGGUGUUCUCGAUAUAUUCGUAAACACUUACUCAUUCAACGUUUGGGGAUCCAAAGCAGCUAAUUACAUUCAAAUAUUGCACUCAUCUUAUGGUAUUGGAUGCUUAUUGACUCCAUUGCUUACCAAAGCCUUCCUGUUGACUGAACCUGUGACGAUGGAUAACGAAACGUUAACCGACGAUGAAAUAUUUGCAACCUAUUCGCCAGAAGAUGUGCAAGUUCAAUACGCUUUUCUCAUUAUUGCAGUUGUCCUCUUGUCCUCAUCAUUUGGUUUCUUGUUAUUUCACUUUCGAGACAAGGCUGCUAAAAAAGCUGAUUCAGCUUCUAAUAAAGAGGUUGUUAUACAUAAUGAUUCGGCUCGUUGGAAACGUUACCUUUGCAUCGGAGUCGUUGCUUUCAUUGCUAAUUGCUCAUUUGGGUUGCAAACACUAGUCGGCUCCUUAGGACCUGCUUUCGUCGUUAAAUCUGGUCUUCAUAUGAGUAAAUCUGAAGGUGCUACUCUUGUAACUGUUUUCUGGGCAGUGUUCACAUUUUAUAGAUAUGUUCAUAUUGGUUUGUUGAAUUAUUUCAAGGAAAGAUAUGUCAUGAUUUGCGCCUACUUGUGUGUAAUAGUUAGCGCGUUUGUGAUGGCUCCUCAUGCCGCUACUUACCGAGUCUGCAUUUGGGUUGGACUAAUACUUCUUGGAGGUGGAUAUUCGCCAACAUUCACCGUUUCUUUGAGCACAUUACAAAAAUACUUUUUCCUUUCUAAUCGUAAUGCAUCCUGUAUAUUCAUUAUCGGAGUCACCGGUGAAUCUAUUCAUCCUUGGAUUCUAACUCAACUUAUGGUCAAAAACCAAGUCUACUUUACUUACUACCUAGGCAUCUUGUCCUCUAUGCAAGUGGCUACUUGUUUCAUCCUUCCCAUCAUCUGUGAAAAGAUCUUUAAACCUGAAGAGAAGCGUGAUUACAGUCGAACUGGCUCAAUACGAUCAUACACUAGAUAACCUAUUAAAUUGUAAAUAUUACGAUCGAUCGAAACUGAGUGAUUGUUGGGAGAUUCGCAACUAUGAUCUUAUGCUAAUGUAGUCGAAUGCAAUCUAAAAAUAUCUGUAUAUUAUAAUCCAUACCCUUACUUUAUCCAUGAGGUUAAUGUCACUCUGUUUUACAAUGCAAUGUUCAAGCACUGGUACUGAGUUUCACACUUUAGUGACUCCACUUGAGAGUUUUUAUUACUUAACGCUAGCAUUUGAUUGAAAGGCGCACUUGUUAACUCGUGCUUUGAUAAGAGCUAUGUAACAUUGAACUUGUGGAUUGAGCAAUACAAAAUGUGGACUAAAAUUUAACAAAUUGUUGUACACUGUUCCAACAUUAGCUUUGUAAAUAUCUAUUAAUAUUAUGUAAUUGUACAAAUGAACAUUAAAGCCAAAUUGCAUCUAAUA